ACCAUUGUGAAGAGACCAUUCUCAUAAACAACACAAACUUAUAAAACAAUUAGACAAAGAUGAGUAGUGAAACCAAAACCAAUGGCAAUGAUGAGCUUCAUGUAGCCAUGUUUCCUUUCCUUGCAUUUGGUCACAUAAGUCCCUUUGUUCAACUAUCCAACAAACUAUUCUCUCAUGGAAUCCACAUCUCAUUCUUGUCACCUGCAUACAACAUUCCCAAAAUCAAAGCAACCUUCAAUCUCAACCCUGCCAUCCAAAUCAUCACCCUUGACUUCCCAAGUAACAUCCCAGGUAACACAUCUGAGUUGCACCCUGACAAUUUUGGUUCUAUCUUUCAUGCACUAGACUCAAUGCAAGAUCAUGUGAGAACCCUUUUGUUGAAACUCAAACCCCAUUUUGUUUUCUUUGAUUUUGCUCAAAACUGGAUACCAAAAAUAGCUUCUGAACUUGGUAUAAAAUCUGUUCAUUUCUCAGUCUAUUCUGCAAUUUCUGGCUCUUAUCUGUCUCCAAACUCAAGACUUUCUUCUGCUGAGGCUGAAAAUAGAGACAUCACUUUAGAGGAUAUUAAAAAUCCUCCAGUUGGGUAUCCUGAAAAACACAAACUUUCCCUUCAAACCUUUCAAGCAAGAACAAUCUUCAUGAUGAUCUUCCAAAGAUAUGGCAACAAUCCAAAUGGUUCUGAUAGAGUCAUACAGAUUCUUAGUGAAUGCUCACUAAUAGUGUUUAAAAGUUGCAGGGAAAUAGAAGGUCCUUACAUAGAUCAUUUUCAAAACCAGCUCAAGAAACCAGUUCUUGUUUCUGGAGUACUUGUUCCCGAGCCAUCGACCGAUGUUCUCGACGAAAAAUGGACAAAAUGGCUAGAUAACUUUCCAGCAAAGUCAGUGAUAUUGUGUUCCUUUGGUAGUGAAACAUUUCUAAGUGAUGAACAAAUCAAUGAGCUAGCAACUGGUUUGGAGCUUACAAAUUUACCUUUCAUUUUGGUCUUAAACUUUCCAUCAAAUCUCAAUGCUGAGGUUGAGCUGGAAAGAGCAUUGCCAAAAGGGUUCAGAGAGAGAGUGAAGAGUAGAGGAAUUGUGCAUAGUGGUUGGUUACAGCAGCAACUGGUUUUGAAACAUGCAAGUGUAGGGUGUUAUGUGUGUCAUGCUGGUUUUAGUUCUGUGAUUGAAGCUAUGGUGAAUGAUUGUCAGUUGGUGCUGUUGCCUUUCAAGGGUGAUCAGUUUUUGAAUUCUAAGCUCAUUGCUUAUGAUUUGAAGGCAGGGAUUGAGGUGAAAAGGAGAGAUGAAGAUGGGUUUUUUGAGAAAGAGGAACUGUUGGAGGCUGUGAGAGGUGUUAUGGUGGAGGUUGAUAAAGAGCCAGGGAAAGAGAUAAGAGAGAAUCAUAAGAAAUGGAGAGAGUUUCUGUUGGAUGAGGAAAUUCAGAACAAAUUUAUCAUAGAUCUGAUUCAGCAGUUGAAGUCUUUGGUUUAGGGAAUGUUUGGUUUCAGUUUGAGUUAGGUAGAAUAACUUUGAUGUUUCAACAAAAUCACAAUGUUAGUAUGAUUGUGAUUUCAUGAAACUCAAUGUCCCUUUCCUUGAAGAAUAAAAUUUGUGGAACCCUUUAGUUUUUUUUGUUUUCACUCUUGAAGUAAUUGCUAGUGUUUCAAUGUGUUAGAUUGGUUAUUAUCAAUUUAUCAAUUUCCUAAUGAAUGGUUAUUA